GACGGCACAUCUUGAGUGCUUCUUUUCUCAUUGAUCGGUUCUAAGGAAUUCGCUUCCGAGUUUCUUUCUAUCUUUCGUCAUUUUUGGAUUUUUUUUUUUUUUUUGGCUCGAAGUUGUUGAUUUAUUUUGUAUUGAUUCAUUUGAGGUGAUGAUAGAUGAAGGAAAGGUAGCUGUGUCAUGCAUUUGUUUUGGUUGUUAAAAGUGUGCCUUCUCUCGGCUGAGACGAGAUGAUUUGUGAUCUCUUUUUUUUGUUGUUAUUUAUUUAUUUUUUACAACUUUUUUGAAAUUAUAAGCAACCAAAUUGGUACAAAAAGAUGUUGGCUUUUUCGCCUUUUCUUGUUAAUUUUUUCCGUCGGUUACGCAUGUUGUUCAAUCAGUAAGGAGCCGAUGGAGUUCAUGCUGUGUUCAUGCUGUCCUUUACCCCCUCCUCCCCUGUGUAAAUGAGAUAAAAAAAUAAUUAUGGUUUUUAAUGUUUUUUUUUUGCCUGUUUUAUGGGAUGUAUCCAAGAUCAAUUUCUCAAAUAUUGAUUGGGAAAAAAAAUUGUCCUGUUCAAAUUUGGGCUUCAUGAGCUAGGGGGAAGAAUCCUAGUUACUUUUCUAGAUGGAAGUUAUUGCUGCCUUUUUAAUCAUGAAUUAUAUUUUUAAGCUUACCCUUGUUUCAUGUUUUGAAGGGGAAUGGAAACCUUGUGAUGAUUGUCCUAAUUGCCACAACUUGAUUUUCUUCUUCAAAUUUCUUUAAGUUCUUGAUGAAACUCAGAGUUUUCUCAGAUGCAUCUUUUAUCUCUAUGUUUUGAUUUGUCCUUGUUUUGGUUUUCCAGGAUUUUGAUUGGUUUGCUUGAGCUGCUAUCAACCAACGCCACCUCCUUCCUAGUUGGUAUGGGGUCGGAAGCUUUGUACUUGUCAUUCCUUGUGGAUUCUGCGUCUUAUCUUCAAGUGAGGCUCGAUGAUAGUAAUUGGUGAAACAAAGGCCUUGUUAUGAAUGAUGUAGCCUACAGGUUUAUAGGCAUCAGACUCACAUAAUUUACCUCAACCUAAUUUAGACAUUGUUGAAUUAUAGAUCAAAACUCAGUUCUAGUUCUCAUUCUUUAGCUUUGAUUGGACUGGCCAUUUUAGAUUUUGAUUGUUUGAGAAGAGCAUGAGGGGUACUUUUCUACUUCCAUCUAUUGAAGAGAUAUGGUGUUAAAAUUGGAAUGAGGAAUCCACCGAUUUAGGGAGAUAGGCUAGGGUAGAUCAAGUGAUCAAAGGUUAGAGAAACGAAAGGGAGAAAGAACAAGAAAACAAGUUUAAGUGCACCAGGCCAUUAGCAUUAUAAGCUUCUGCAAUGGGCUUGCCUCAAGUCUCCCCCAAAGUAACUGAUGAAUUGACAACAGCACUGAGCACAUUUGUUUCAACCCCACCUUCUUUUGGUGGUACAAGCAGCUGUGAUUUUGAUGGGUUGCAUAGAGGAAGCACAAAUAACAGGAUCUCAGGAGAUUUUCCAUGCUCCUCCAUCAGUGAUUUUCGGAGGAAAACCACUUUGGAACUUUCAAAAGGAGCAGAAGGGUCAUUUAAACGUAGAAUUGCCAUUGAUAGUGCGGGAAUCUUUCAAGGGCUGAAAAUUGAUUCUAAGGAUAGAAAUGGCUGGUCACUUCCGAAUUUGGGACAGAGUGUUCAGUGGCCUGCCAUGAGGGUUGUGGGUUUUGAAUCCAAUCAAGAAGGGUCUUCUGUUAAUGGUUUUGAUAACAAGGUAGUAGAUGGAAUUCAUCCCUCUGUAGCUGUUGGUGGCUCUGAUCCUUCAACUGAUCCUCAUGGCCAACAAGCGAGAAAACGCCUGCUAUCUCCUCUGAGUAGCAUGCUUCAUAAGGAAUUCCAUGGUGAUCUAUUAGACAUUGCUUGUGGUGAUGAUAGAAUUGAUUCCUCUGACUCAUUUAGGAAACAUAGUAAUUUUUCAUCACAGGAUUUCAAGAAAGCCAAUAUUGGAAAUGCUGAUUGCUUUGAAGCUCCAGUUUGGCCUGUCUCUAGAUGUUCAAAUUGGAGGAACAUGUUAGAUGAUAGUAGAACGACUUGUGAUGUCUUGACUGAUGGCCCUUUGCUUGAAAACAAGGAGCCCUUUUCCCACUAUCAUCAAUUAUCUGCUUGGGGAUUUGAUCCGAGCAAAGAAACAAGAAAGAUAAGACCUUUUUCCAGGGCAAUAACCAUUCCUUCAAAAAAGUUACACUCGCCACCACUCUCCUUCUCUCCUCUUGGUCCUAAGUGGCCUGAAAGAAUGAAAAUUGCAGGAGUUCGCAGGGAUAUUGCGAAAGACAUUGAAAAUGAUUUUUCGGUUUUAAAGGGCAGUAAAGGAUCAAGUGAUGGGAAUGGAACUGCAAUACAUACAGCAUCAGAAGAUAAUUUUGGGACAAGAGAAAAGGAGACCGGCAUGCUGCAUGAGGAAUUAGAUCCAUUUACCCCUAAAAGAAGCUUGGAUAUAGGCUUUAACUGGGGUCCUGAGUCUGCACCCGCAUCUCAUUGCAUGAAUCAUGUCAACAGUUUGACCAUGCUUCCAGUCAGGAGGUCAUUGAUUGGUUCCUUUGAAGAGUCUCUCUUAUCUGGUCGGUUCUUGUCUGGGAAAGUCAGUCAGAGAAUUGAUGGUUUUCUGGCUGUGCUAAAUGUCACUGGAGGGAACUUUUUGCCACCAUCUCAGAAGCUUCCUUUUGCUGUGACAAGCAUUGAUGGUGAUAGCUCCUUGCUAUACUAUGCAUCAGUUGAUCUUGCUGGAAGGUUGUCAUCAAACAAGUGUAGAGGCCCAAAAUUUAGAAGAAGCCUUAGCAAUGAUGAUUCUCGAGCAGCCAAAAGUCGCCUGCGCAUUCCUAUGAAAGGACGCAUCCAACUGGUUCUUAGCAACCCAGAAAUGACUCCUCUGCACACAUUCUUUUGCAACUAUGAUUUGAGUGAUAUGCCUGCUGGGACAAAGCAGACAUUCAUGCGUCAGAAGGUCACUCUGGCCUGUUCGCUGGCUCCUCCAAAUCCAGUGAAAGAAGAAGCUAAGAAUCAUGACAUCAACAUUGGGCCUAAAGAUAUACCAGUUUCCAGUGGAAGUGUACAUAGCAAGUUUAACAGCAAACCUGCUGAACGUUGUGUACAUCAUGGUGACAGUCAGCAGCAUGACAUGGCAAGUAAAUCAGAAAGUAUAGAAAAGAUAAGCUCGGCAUUUUUCUCAUCCGAGGACUGUCUUGGAGAACCAAAUGGAUUUGAUUAUGUCAUGAAUGCAAACAAUAGUACUAAAUUCAACAAUAGCCAGUCUCAAAAAAUUGAUAACUUUAGUCAAUUGGAUAUGUGCCAUUUAACUAGCAGGAAAUAUGUUAAUAGCUCUUCAAAAAUCAAUAAUAAUGCAACUGGUGCUGGCGUUCUCCGUUAUGCUCUGCAUCUACGCUUCAUAUGUCUGCCUUCUAGGAAAUCUUUAAAGUUGAAGCAGAGAUGCAAAUUUGAUUCUUCUUUGGUACCACAAACAAAGAACAUGGACAAUAAGGAGGAGCGAUGCUUUUAUUUGUACAAUGAUCUGAGAGUUGUGUUUCCUCAACGUCAUUCAGAUGCAGAUGAGGGCAAGCUACGGGUGGAGCACCAUUUUCCAAAUGAUCCAAAGUACUUCAACAUAAGCAACUGACAGGGUUUAUUAUCCUGCAUGGCUGUCUCGGCCCUGGUGAACUGCACAUACCUUCAUCUCCCUCGGACAUCUUGUUAUUUACCAUCUCUCUACCAAUCUGUAAAGAAUUUUCUUUCUUUAGUGAUCAGUUAAUCCCCACAUCCUGGUGUUCUUGGCA